CCUCUUUUCUUUUCCUUUUUAUUUAUUUUUCGCUCUCCUUUUUUUCUUUGACACCUUUUUGAUCAUGUUUAGCUGGAAAAGAAUAAAAGGUCCACUGACAGUGACACUAGUAACAAUAAUGAUUUUAUUUAUCGCUUAUACAUCACAAAUAUUUGUCAUAUGGCCAUUUCUUGGACCUGUCAGUCUACAGUCAAUGCUCACAUUAGUACCACUAAACUUCUGUAUUAUCAUGUUGCUUGUAAAUUACUUUCUCACUUGUAAAACCAACCCAGGAAAAGUGCCUCAUCGUUGGAUGCCUCGACAACAAGCUUAUAUUGAAGUCAAAAAAUCAACACAUGCGCCUCGAUUUUGCAAAACAUGCAAUAAUUAUAAACCACCGAGAACUCACCAUUGUUCAUGCUGUAAUCGAUGUGUAUUGAAAAUGGAUCAUCAUUGUCCUUGGGUGAAUAAUUGUGUCGGAUUUGCAAAUUACUGUCACUUUUUUCGCUUUAUUAUCUACGUCGAUGUGAGCACCAUAUAUCUCUUUGUUCUCCUGAGCUGUAGGUUGGCUCAAAUCAUCAAGGAGAUACACAAUGGCGUUCAACCUAGUGCAUUAGAGGCAGGGUUCCUGUCUGUUAAUUUAGUCCUUACAGUCAUUGUCAUGAUUGCUGUAGGCAUUCUUAGUGGAUACCACAUCUACUGUAUCACAACCAACACAACCACCAUUGAAGGCUGGGAGAAAGGUCGAUCACUCACGGUAAAAGGAAUGGGCAGAAUACAGAAUAUCAAAUGCCCUUAUGAUCAAGGUGUCUAUAGAAACAUGCAGGCGGUUCUGGGCAAAUGGCCUCUUUUUUGGUUUUUUCCUCAACCCAUGUCUGGUGAUGGACUAGAUUUUCCCCUGAAUACCAAAAAUUUGAAUCAACCUGAUGAAGCUGCUCUUGAUGAAAAGAAUUUUUCGUCGCGUGCUGCAUUAAAUAGAUCAGCUUCAGUUAAUUCACAAUGGACAACAGCUACUGAUGUCUACCGAUUAUCUUCAACCGAACCAUUGACAGCAAAUGCUACACCUAUGAAGCCUUUAAAAACAAAAGAAAGCUUCAAUACAAUAGGAGAUGCGUCCAUUAAUACAGUACCAUUGUCUUUAAUGACGUUUUCAUCCAAUACAUCUACGCUUGUUGAUCAUCGACAAUCCAAAUCAUUUAAAGACUAUUCCGUUCUUUAAAGAAAACACUGUACAUAUAUCCACCUUAAUUGUUUAAAUCACUCUGAUGUCUUAAUGUUUAUUACUUUACCUUUUGUUUUUAUAAAGUCUGUAUUAUUGUCCGACCAAAG